UGUAAUAAGCGUGAUAGUCCCAAUACAUCAAACGGACACCAAGUUUAAUCAGAAUCGCAUUUUCAAGCCAGCAGAUGUAACAUUGGGAGGUCUUUUUGAUGUACACUUCAAUGGACCCAACGAUAACUGCGGCGGUUUGUUUGCCAUGGGUCUUGGCCAUGUCGAAGCCAUGUUGUUCGCCAUUGAGCGCAUUAACAACGACUCCAACAUCUUACCAAACGUCACUAUCGGUUAUGAUAUUCGAGAUUACUGCGAGAACGCGGGAAUAGCCAUGAGAAUGGCGUACGACUUGGUUCAAAACACUGAUGCAUUCAGUCGAGCAGAUAAGAACCGCACUUUGGAUGAACAUUCUUCACCUCCGCAACCAGUAAAUGCUCUGAUAGGCCCGUACGACUCGGAAAGCGCUGUUCUAGUGGGAAGUCUUCUCCAAGUGCACGGAAUCGCUGCCAUCAGCCCCUCAGCGACAAGCCACGAGCUCAGCUCCAAAAUGUACCAGGAUUUUUUUCGCACAAUCCCGUGUGAUACGUGGCAGGCGAAAGUCAUGGCCGACAUUAUCGAGUAUUUCAAAUGGACUUACGUAGCGGCUUUCGCAAUCGAUGACUCGUACGGACGUCAGGGUAUUUGGGCGGUGAAAAAAGAGGUAUACCGGCGAAGAACCUUUUGCAUCGCUUUUUCCGAGUUUAUUCCACGACUAAGCUACCAAGAAAAGCUCGUUCAAAUUGUUUUCAAACUCAAGAAACAGCGGAACAUUGGGGUUGUACUGGUGUGGUUGUCAGGUGGGUAUGCAAGAGCUUUCCUCCAUGAGACCAACAAACAAGGAGUGCGCGACCGUACUUGGAUUUUUAGCGACGCUAUGACCGCCGAGGAGAGGGUGCAUCUUGACCCGCGCUUUGCAGGACUCGAUGGAUCUUUGGGAAUUCAGCCACAAGACUUCCGCCAUUUACCAUUUGAUGAACAUUUGAAGCACUUAACACGAAAUGCCACAUUGAGGGCAAACUCGCCCUGGUGGGAUGAGUUUUGGAUACAGAUCUGCAACAAAACACUGUCCGCUUGUAAAGACACCAUUUCCUCACAUCGCUUCAUUAAGAAAAUUCGCAGCUCAUUUGUUCCGUACCUUUUAGAUGCCGUGUAUGCAGUAGCUCAUGCUCUCGACAACAUCUACAAAUGCGUUGAACCAAAUGGUCUUCUUCCUGAGGGAAAAUGUCCAGGUGUUACACCCGAUAAUGUUACAAAAAGCCUUCCAAUCUACCUUAAGAACGUAAGUUUUCAAGGAGCCACUGGCAGAGUACAAUUCAAUCAUUUUGGUGAUCGUAUCGUGGCAUCUUACGACAUCGUCAAUUUUCAGCGAAACAACCGGCGAAAGAAAAAGUACGAAAAAGUUUUGGUGGGGUCUUGGAUGAAAGACAAGAAUCCACAGCUAGCACUGGAAUCAAACGUAGUAUGGAACACACUUAUAAAUCAAAGAGCUCCGCGGUCAAUCUGCGCUGAAGACUGUUCUCCAGGAACCAGGCAGUCGCUGACCACGCCCUGCUGCUGGAAGUGCAUCAGGUGCCCACUAGGCAGCAUAAGCACAAGUCACAACUCUCGCAACUGCACCGAAUGCUCACAAACACAGCAAUCGAACGAAAAACGAUCGCGCUGUGUUGAUUUACCAAUACUAAGCAUGCACAUGAACAGUGUGACUGGUGUAAUUGUGGCACUUCUCUCCAGUGUUGGACUCGUUCUAGCACUCCUUACCUGGGGCAUCUUAGCGAAGUAUUUCAACACACCCGUAGUUAAGGCGGCCAACAGAGAAAUGAGUUUAAUUCUCUUGGCAGGGAUCACUUAUCUAUUUGUCAUACCCCUACUAAAUCUCUCCGACUCGACCGACACUAUCUGCUGCUUCAGCCAUUGUGGACGGAUAACGAUUUGGAUCAUGUGUGUUUCCGCGCUUCUUGUAAAGACGAUGCAUAUUGUCAGCGCAUUUCGAGGUAACACUGUUGCGCGGAAUGUCAAGCCCUUAGUUUCCAAAGCCAGUACACAGAGAGCUCUCCUAGCGAUUCUUACAGCUGUUCAGACAGGUUUAACGGUAGCUUGGCUUGUUUCAGGCCCGCCUUACAAGAAAAUCACCAUCACCCAUCUGCAGCACAUUUCAGCUAUGUGCAAGCCAUAUUCUAACCUUGCCGGAAAAAACAUCUUACUCGCUAACAUCACGUAUGGAGUUUUGCUAUGGUUGGUUUGUGCGUACUACGCUUUCAGGGUGAGAAAUAUCCCCGAAAACUUCAAUGAAGCGAAGCGCAUCGGUUUCUCCAUGUACGUCUUAUUUCUCUCCGUGAUAUCCUACUAUCCAGUAGCGUUCGCCUUCGAAGGAUGGUACAUAACUGUGCUUGAAUGUGCCACAAACAUCACCAGUGCCUUGGGCUUCUUACUUUGUAUUUUCGCACCGAGAAUUUAUAUAAUUCUGUUCAAGCCCAGACAAAAUACAGUGUUUGUUUCAAGAGCACAAGUUGCUGACUAUACGUUUACAACGGCGAAAUACAGCGGUGCAGUUAGUAACCGUUAAAAAGAACGAACAAUGUAAAGAAAACGGCGUCUGGCAGGUCUGAAUAUAUCCUUGCAGCACUCUACGAACAUCUCUCUCAAACUUGUAUUAUUUUUUAAUCUUUUGGCUUUAGAGAAUCUCUGAAGACGAGAUUAAUUACUUACUUUUGAACUGUACAGUACUGUAAGGCUAUAUGAACAACCCACUUAAUUCUUGUAAGUCUUGGUUCUUUUUUAACAUGGAACAUUUAACAAUUAAAAUACUAGUUUGAGAAAGUUUAUGAUAUAAGA